AUGUCUCUGAAUAAUCUGGCGCUAGAGCUUAAAGUGGCAAUUAUUCUCCACUUGAGAAAUCCUACGUCUCUUGCCAAGUGUUCGCAUGAAUGGAAUAAUAUCGUGAAUUUACCUUCAACAAAAUCCAAGUGGCUGAUCGGCAGACACGGAAGAACCCAUGCAUUGUUUCACGCAGUAAGAAUGGGUGAACCUUUUAUUAAUCUUGAUGUGGUCGAAUGUCUAUUUGCGCAGAAAGCGCACAUCAGUCGAUACUUUAUCCAAAGACUGGUGCUCGGAUUUGGCAAGUAUGACAGCAGGCUUAUCGAUCUUAAACUGACGCAUAACAUGGGUACUCUCGAUCCAGAUCGAAAAAAAUCUAUUCAAAAUAAAAUUCGAAGUCCCUGGGCAAGCAAUCUUUCCUUUGAUGUUUUCUCCCGAAUUCUCAAAGAGGGUCAUGAUCGGUUUGACGGGAAUGAUAUUCCUGUCAGAGGAAAUGACAUGGAGUCCUUUUAUUACUUAUCGGCUGGUCCAUUGGUUAUUAGUCAAGCGAGAACCAAAUUGAAGGAAAACAAAAAGGAGAUCAAAACGCUGAUUCGGAGAUACAAGUUUGCUCCUUUCCCUCCGAGACCGAAAAUCCGAAAGCAUAUUCUCGAGAAGAGAGAUGACGGGAAUAUUGGACUGAAGCCACAUUCCGAUACAGAGUCAGAGUCACGUACUGCUAAUUUUGAUGACUACCCGCCAUCCGAUGGGUAUGAGAACGUGAGGCAACUGAACGUCAUUGCACGCGCUAUUCUCAUCUAUCCCAAAUUAGUUGAAGCCUGGAAGAAAAACGGGUAUCACGAGAUUGUUAACGAUGUGAACGAUCUGGUUAUGCAAGGAUCGUUACUCAUCCUUUAUCCCCCAAGUCCUUCCGAAGAUUGGGUUAAACCAGGUUUGGAUCAAGUCGUUGAUAAACUAAACAGUCUGAUAUUGCUUGGAUUCGAACUGACGGAUGCCUUGAUCGGAGACGCUCUAAUCUUAUUCGAGCAUAGAUUAAAAGACAUAGGAGAAAUACUGAUUGAUGCAUUUGCCGUCGUUCGCAAUCUGCAUAAAAGGCAAAUUAUCUCGAUCUGUUUGACGGAAUUGUUGAAUCCUGACAGGAAUCUCAAGCGACAUGAUCUACUCGAUUUUAUAGUCAAUGAAAUCGAGAAACCUGAAGAGGAAAUUUUAUCCGUUUUUAAGAAAUACGAAAUCGUCCAUUCUGUAAAAAUUUAUUGUGAAGCUUUUACUAAAUUUAGUACGGGUAAAGAAGCUCUUACUAAAUUUAGUACGGGUAGCACGGAUAUCGUUGCAAACAAGAGUCUGUCUAUUUUCCAGCCAUUUACGUACCUGAAAUACUCGCCCAUAGUAUAUCGAUAUACCAUAGUCAAAUUUGGCGCUCAGUCGAAAGCGGCUAAACAUCUGAUGAAUGAAGUAACGUCUGUUAGAAUUGCAAUCACCCUAAUGACUGAGAUUCCAUCUCAACAAGUGCCAUCGGAUCUCACGAGUUUGCGCUGGCCAGAUUCAAUUACUAUCUUCAAUGAAUACUACAAAGCGAAAGUUCCUCUCAAGGCAAAAUUUUUGCCUUUAUUCGAAAAAUGUCAAAGCGAUUCCGUAAUGAAAUGUUUGUUUGAUGGUUACCUAGCAAAGUUGUUUGGAUUUAAAGUCGAUUAUCAGCCACCAAGAACGGUUCGUGUUCCGGUUUUGAGCUCAGUUGAUCCAGUCAUGCAAAGGACUUCUAAAAAGCGAAAGGCUAAUACCAAGGAGGCAAAGAAAGAGAAAGAGGAAUUACAACAAAAAUGGCGUGAACAAUUAUUCGAGUAUCUGAACAAAGAAAUUGAAAACUGGAAAUUUAAAGAAGCUCUACAAAAAUUUAUGCCACGUACAGACAAGUCCAUGCAAGAAGAAGAGGAUUCUGGUGGCACACAGUCAAAGCGUGUGAGAGUCGCGGGAAGCAAUCCGUUAAACGUGGUAAUUGAGAAGCAACACGACACACACAAAUAA